AUGAAGGAACCACUAUUGGACCAUGAAUCUUCUUCCUUAUCUGAAGCAAAAAGAAGUAGAUCACUUUUCGCAGAUGUUGGAUUGUUUAGUAAUAUCACUUUUUCUUGGAUGGGUCCUUUACUUGAUCUUGGGAAGAGGAAAACACUAGACCUUAAUGAUGUGCCAUUCUUGGAUGACUGUGACAGUGUCCAUGGAAUCAUCCCUAAGUUUCGUUCAAAGAUUGCCUCGAUUUCUGCUGCAGGGCAGUACAAUGAUGUUACAACAGUUAAGCUAGCCAAAGCUCUUGUGCUCACAACAUGGAAACUAAUCAUUGUCACUGCAGUUUGUGCCCUACUCCGUACUGUUACUUCAUAUGUUGGUCCCUAUCUGAUUGAGUUCUUUGUUGGCUACCUAAAUGAAAGCCCACGACCUACUAACAAGGGAUACCUUUUGGUUUUGGCAUUUGUUGUUGCACAGUUCAUGGAAAGUCUCUCGUCAAGGCAUUUGCUCUUCAGAUCUCAGCAAUUAGGUGUGCGUGUGCGUUCAGCUCUUAUUGCUAUUAUUUACCAAAAGGGUCUUGCCCUCUCCAGUCAGUCCAGGCAAAGUAGCUCAAGUGGAGAGCUGAUCAAUGUUGUGAGCCUUGAUGCUGAGCGCGUAGGAGAUUUCAAUUGGUCUAUGCACGAGCUUUGGCUGGUCCCUGUACAAAUUAGUCUUGCAAUGGUUAUCUUAUACUCUACUCUUGGCUUGGCAGCAUUUGCUGCCCUUGCUGCCACUCUUUUGACAAUGUUGGCUAAUAUACCUUUGGGGAAGAUUGAGCAAAAUUACCAAGAGAAAACUAUGACUGCCAAGGAUGCUAUAAUGAGCGCUAUGUCUGAGAUAUUACAGAACAUGCACAUUCUCAAGCUUCAAGGUUGGGAAUUGGUUUUCUUCUCCAAGGUAAAAGAGUUGAGGAAGGUUGAGAUGAACUGGAUAAAGAAAUAUGUCUACACCUCGUCAAUGCUUAUAUCAGUCUUUUUUGGUGCUCCUGCAUUUGUUGCUAUGAUCACAUUUGGAACUUGCAUGCUUUUAGGCAUUCCAUUAGAAACAGGGAAAGUAUUAUCUGCUCUGGCAACAUUUAGGCAGUUGCAAGGUCCUAUACACAGUCUUCCGGACACAAUCUCGUCAGUCAUUCAAACAAAAGUAUCACUUGACAGGAUAUGCUCAUUUCUAUGCCUUGAGGAAUUAGCGAGUGAUGUCGUAACUAAGCUUCCAAGUGGUAGCACUGAUAUAUCCGUUGAGGUAAGGAAUGGUCACUUCUCUUGGGAUACAUCUUCUCAGGUGCCUACUCUCCAAGACCUGAACUUUCGUGUACAGCAAGGAAUGAGAGUUGCUAUUUGUGGAACUGUUGGAUCUGUUAUAGGAGAGAGAGGAAUCAACCUAAGUGGCGGACAAAAACAGAGGAUACAAAUUGCCCGUGCUUUGUAUCAAGAUGCUGAUAUCUUUCUAUUUGAUGAUCCAUUUAGUGCGGUUGAUGUUCGUACUGGACUGCACUUAUUCAAGGAGUGCUUGCUAGGAUUUUUAGCUUCAACUGAUGUUAUCCUGUUCCUCUCCUCAUUUUUCAGGUUGAGAGAUGGAAAAAUAGCACAGUCAGGGGAUUACACUGAAAUUCUUAAAUCUGGAGAAGAGCUCAUGGAAUUAGUUGUAUCCCACAAAGAUGCCUUAUCAACUCUGGACAUGCUGGAGUGCCCUAGUGGCAAUUUUGAUAGUACAUAUCAUCCUGGUGGUAAUGGAAGCACCCUAUUCAUAGCAGAGGAUAAAAAGGAUGAUAACAAUGAAGAAGAAGAAUUGUUCAAAAUGAUCAUUUUCCAAGUUCUUCAAAUUGGAAGCAAUUUCUGGAUGGCUUGGGCAGCUCCAGUAUCUAAAGAUGUGGAUCCUCCAGUGAGUAGCUUGCUGAUGGUAAAUGUAUAUGUUGCAUUAGCACUUGUUAGCUCAUUGUUCAUCUUCAUACGAUCACAUUUUCUUGUCAUGGCUGGAUGUAAGACUGCUACUAUUCUAUUUGAAAAGAUGCACGAGUGCAUAUUCCGAGCUCCAAUGUCUUUCUUUGACUCCACUCCUAGUGGGCGUAUCUUGAAUAGAGCUUCCACUGAUCAAAGCACAGUGGAUACCAGAAUUUUUGACCUGAUGGGCUAUCUUCUAUUUCCUGCCAUUGAGAUUAUAGGAACAAUUAUUCUAAUGUCACAGAUUGCUUGGCCAGUCGUCGUAAUUUUUAUCCCCAUUAUUGUUGCGUCGCUGUGGUAUCAGCAAUAUUACAUAGAUGCUGCUAGAGAGUUGCAAAGGUUGAUUGGAGUUUGCAGAGCUCCCGUGAUGCAACAUUUUACUGAAUCAAUAGUUGGCUCAAAUAUCAUUAGAUGCUUUCAAAAGGAAAGACAAUUUAUCAGUUCUAUUGGACAUUUGAUGGAUAAUUUAUCUCGACCAAGUUUAUAUAAUGCUGCUGCGAUGGAAUGGCUGUGCUUUCGCUUGGAUAUUCUUUCAUCCUUCAUUUUUUCCUUCACAUUGAUACUUCUGGUCUCCUCGUCAACAGCUCUAAUCGACCCAAAGACUGCUGGUCUUGCAGUCACUUAUGGACUAAGUCUCAAUAUGCUACAAGGGUGGGCUAUUGCUGUCCUCUGCAGUUUGGAAAAUCGAAUGAUAUCUGUGGAAAGAAUGUUGCAGUAUAUGAACAUUCCUUCUGAACCACCACUUACAAUAUCAGAAAGUAGACCAAAUUGCCAGUGGCCAACAAAGGGUGAAAUUGAGCUUCGUAACCUCCACGUACGGUAUGCACCACAAUUGCCUUUUGUUUUGAAAGGUCUGACAUGCACCUUACCAGGAGGAAAGAAGACAGGUAUUGUUGGAAGAACAGGUUGUGGCAAGUCAACCUUGAUUCAAGCACUGUUCCGCAUUGUGGACCCAUGUAUUGGGCAGGUGUUGAUAGAUGGCAUUGACAUCUGCACCAUUGGACUGCAUGACCUCCGGACAAGAUUGAGCAUCAUUCCACAAGAUCCUGUUAUGUUUGAGGGGACCCUGCGAAGCAAUAUUGACCCUCUGGGGGAGUAUAGUGAUGAGCAAAUCUGGGAGGCAUUGGAUUCCUGUCAUCUUGGGGAUGAAGUUAGAAAGAAUGAGCUUAAGCUUGAUUCUACAGUGAUCGGAAAUGGCAAAAACUGGAGCGCAGGUCAGCGUCAACUUGUCUGUUUGGGAAGGGUGAUUUUAAAAAGGAGAAAGAUCUUAGUUUUGGAUGAAGCAACUUCUUCUGUGGAUCCAAUAACAGACAAUUUGAUUCAAAAAACCUUAAAACAUCAAUUUCCCGAAUGCGCAGUGAUUACAAUAGCGCAUCGUAUUACAUCAGUUCUUGAUAGUGACAAAGUCUUGCUUCUCGACAACGGUGAUAUUGCAGAGUAUGACGAACCAGCAAAACUGCUAGAGGACAGCGCAUCCUUAUUUUCCAAACUCGUAUCUGAGUAUACCAUGGGAUCAGAUUAUAAGUAG